GCUAGUUGGUUUGAAUAACAUCUUUUUGAGAAAUGGAAGCAGGAGGGAAGAUAUCCUGGCUGGAAGAUGAGCUCUCGUGCCCGAUUUGUCAGGAUAUCUUCAAGAACCCUGUCUCUCCCCCAUGUCAACACAAUUUCUGCUGGGCAUGUCUGAUGAGUUACUGGAAGAAGAAAAGGAACUCUGAGUGUCCUGUUUGCAGAGAAAUAUAUUCCACCAAAGAUUUAAAAUGGAAUCGCACACUGGCCAACAUUGUGGAGUCUUUCCUCAAGGAGUUCACAAAGGAACAGGAGGUGGGUCAUGCAGACCCAGUCUGCAGCCUACAUAAGGAGGUCCUGAAGCUGUUCUGUCAAGAAGACCAGGAGGUGAUGUGUGUUGUUUGCCUGCAUUCGAGCAAGCACGAAAACCAUAAGUGUCGCCCUUUGGAGGAAGCAACUAAAGAAUCAAAGGAAGAGUUGAAGAUCCUGAUGAAGUCUCUAAAAUCCAAGGUGGUGAAAUUCAGUGCGAUCAGAAAUGAGUAUGAGCUCACCUUAAAGCAUGUCAAGAGCCAGGCUUCGGGAACUGAGAAACAAAUCAAACAGGAAUUUCAGAAGCUUCACUCUUUCCUUCACAACGAAGAGAAGAUUCUAAUGAGCAAUCUCCGAAAGGAGGAAGAACAUCAUAUUCAGUUAAUGAGGCAAAAAAUCAAGGAGGUCUCUGAGGACAUAUCCUCAUUAGAGGCCACCAUUCAGUCAAUCGAGAGUGAGCUCAGUCAAAAGGACUCAGCACUUUUCUUACUGAAUCUUCCAGCAACAAGGGAAAGAGCGAACUACACUCCCCAGUGCCCAGAGACAGUCUCUGCCAUGAUUAAUGUCGGUUGCUAUGUUGGAUCUUUACAAUACAAAGUCUGGAAGAAGAUGCUGAACAUUAUCAAUGCAGCCUCUGUGACCCUGGAUCCAAACACAGCAGCCCCUUGGCUCUCUCUGUCUCAGGAUUUGUCUAUGAUGGGAUACAGCCCCAUCAAACAACUGCUACCAGACAAUCCAGAGCGGUUCGAUUCCUGUGUUUCGGUGCUGGGACUGGAGGGGUUCAAUUCAGGCCAGCAUCACUGGGAUGUGGACGUGAGGGGCCAGAGCAGCUGGUGUUUAGGAGUGGCCCGAGAAUCCAUCCAGAGGAAAGGAAUCAUCAAAGUGGAUCCGGAGAAUGGUUUCUGGGCCAUUGGGCGAAUGGAUGGCAAUGAAUACUAUGCAUGCACCUCGCCCUGGCGCACGGAGCUCAGCAUUAGUCCCAACAUCAUCCGCGUUUACCUGGAUUAUAAAGCUGGACAGGUGUCUUUUUAUAACCUUGAAGACAUGGCCCUACUCUACACUUUCACAGAAACCUUUACAGAGAAGCUGUAUCCUUAUUUCUGUCCCUACCUUCUCCUAGAUACUAAUAAUGUUUCACUUAUGAAAAUCUAUCCUCGAAAAGUGAUUUUACAGGAUUAAUGCCAGUAGACUGGACAUAGUGAAACAGUUUUUCAAACACUCUUGCUAAGAUGAAACUCAAUAUUAUCACACUUUGGGUAAAGACAGAGCAGCAUCUAAUUUCCGUCAUUUUCCUUAAGCCUCUCAUCCUCAUUGAGAUGCUAAAUGUUGACAAUUUUGGUGUUAAGUAUUCGAUAUGAAGCUUACAUCAGGUGCAAUUUAUAGCUGCCACAUAGAUGUUUAUCAAAGUGAUCUAUAUCCUCUUUAGCGUCGAACCAAGUUUAAAUUUUGAUCUACUUGCCAUAUCUAUUGAAACAGGAACUGAUUGCCCAAUGGUUAGACACUUGUCCUUUGAAUUUGAUGCUUGAGGCUUGUUCCAUCUUCAGUUCAGCUGUGAACUGCUCACCAGCACCGCUUACUAAGGAGCCAUAACUCUACAAAUGUAUGCAUGUCUGUGACAGGGCAAUCCACUUUCUCAAUGCGCAGUGGAUGCUCCUUUGCUGCAAAGCUUUAAGAUCAUUGUCUAGACUAACCUUCACAGAGCAGUAUGGAGGAAGUUUAGUGUUUAUGAAAGCACUAUUGUUCAAGCAAAGUAUUUGAUUGAAGUCAUGACAACUUCCUCAAGUGGGAGUAAAAGAUUCUGCAUCAUUCUUUAGAGAGCAGGGGCAUUCCCAUUAUGUCCUGGACUAUCAGUUCUGAGGAAGGGUCACCGGACCCGAAACGUUAACUCUGCUUUCUCCUCCACAGAUGCUGCCAGACCUGCUGAGCUUUUCCAGCAACUUUGUUUUUGUUCGUUGUUUAUGUCCUGGACUAUAUUUGCCUCCCGAUUAUCAUCAAGAAGCAGCAGGUUGUCUCAGUAGUGUUUCUUGGAUCUUCCUGUGGGCAAAUUGACUGCUUUUUGCAGUUUGACACUCUCACCCCAUUAUUAUAUUUUCUAUUCAUUCAUGGGAUGAGGGCGUUGCUGACCAGGCAGCAUUUAUUGCCCAUCCCUAAUUGCCCAGAGGGCAGUUCAGAGUCAACCACAUUGCUGUGGGUCUGGAGUUACAUGUAGGCCAGACCAAGUACGGAUGGCAGAUUGCUUCCCUAAAGAGUAUUAGUGAACCAGAUGGGUUUUUCCCACAAUUGAAAACAGUUUCACAGUCUUCAUUAGAUUCUUAAUUACAAGACUUUUUGUUUCCACCAUCUGCCAUGGCAGGAUUUGAACCUGGGUCUUCAGAACUUUAUCGGGGACACUAGAUUAAUAUUCGAACAGUAAUAUCACUGGGUCAUCGCCUUCCUGUAUUUCCAAAAUCCAUUACAUUUAAAAGCUACUUUGCUGGUUGUGACAUAUCCUGCAAUGUCUUGAGAUCGUGACAGGUGCUAUAUAAAUAUAUUGAGAAAUUGCCUUUCAAACACAGAGUGCCACUUGAGGCUAAAGGACAGUGUGUGUGUGCGUGCGCGCACGUAUGUGUGUGUGUGUGCGCGCGCAUAUGCGUGUGUGUGUGCACGUGUGUGUACGUGUCUGUGUACAUGUGUGUGUGUGUGUGUGUGUUUGUGCGUGCUCUGUCCCUCAACAGAAUCCCAUCAGAAUGCAGUGACUAAUGGAUCCCAUAAAGAAAUCUUUAGAAAUACCUUAACUGGACAUGGAAAGACACCAUUAGGCCCAACAUGCCUGCGCUGGCCCUGUAAAUGAUAGUAGCCCAUUUUGCCAUCCUUUGCUGAAGAGCCUUUGAGAUAUUUUCCUUUGCAAAACAUUCUCUGUCUUAAUUUGGAAGGGAUUCUAAUUGCAGUGCUGAGUAUUCCCUGUCCUGACCUAAUGCUGAAUGCAUAAUACUUCCCUUUGGUCUGUUUCUAAUGGUCCAAAAUUUCUGAUUUUUAAUCCCAGAUUACCAAAUCUUGUGUCAGUAUAAAUAGUUUCUCUAAAUUUUUCUGGUCAGAACCUUUCAAAAUGUAAACUGUUUCAGAGAUAGUAGGGACUGCAGAUGCUGGAGAAUCUGAGAUAACAAGGUGUAGAGCUGGAUGAACACA